AUGCACAUCGUCAUCUUCCCGUGGCUCGCUUUCGGCCACCUGCUUCCCUGCCUCGAGCUCGCUGAGCGUCUGGCCGCGCGCGGUCACCGCGUGUCGUUCGUUUCCACGCCGCGCAACCUCGAGCGACUCCCGUCCGUGCCUCCCGCGCUGGCGCCGCUCGUCGAGCUCGUCGCGCUGCCGCUCCCGCGCAUCGACGGCCUCCCGGACGGCGCCGAGUCCACCAGCGACGUGCCAUACGACAAGUUCGAGCUCCACAGGAAGGCCUUCGACGGCCUCGCCGCGCCGUUCGCGGCGUUCCUCGACGCCGCGUGCGCGGCGGUGGAUGGUGGAGCCAGGAGGAGGCCCGACUGGGUCAUCGCCGACUUUAUCCACCACUGGGUCGCCGCUGCUGCCCAGGACCGCAACGUUCCAUGCGCCAUGCUCGUCCCGUGCGCCGCAAGCAUCGCGGGCUCCGCCGGCCCGCCGCCGCCGGUGGACUCGGACGCGGAGCAACGGCAGGCGAUCGACCAGUCCAUGAGCGCGGCACCACCGUUCGAGCAGCAGCAGGCCGCGGAGCUUUUCGCCACCGUGGGCGACUCGGGGCCGUCCAUCAUCAGCCGCUUCGUCCAGACGCUGGCGAGGUCCAGGUUCUUCGCCGCUCGGAGCUGUCCCGAGCUGGAGCCGGAAGCGUUCCCGCUCCUGACGAGGCUCUACGGCAAGCCGGCCGUCCCGCUCGGCAUGCUGCCGCCGCAGCCCGACGGAACGCGCGGCGUCAGCUGGAGCACGGAGGACGACGACUCGACCAUGCGGUGGCUCGACGCGCAGCCCGCCAAGUCGGUCGUGUACGUCGCGUUGGGAACCGAGGCGCCGCUGCGUGUCGAGCUGCUCCGCGAGCUUGCCCACGGCCUGGAGCUCGCCGGGACGCGCUUCCUCUGGGCCCUGAGGACGCCGGUCGGCGUCCAAGAAGACGGCAUCGUACCCGACGGGUUCGUGGAGCGCACCGGCGACCGUGGGCUCGUGGCGACGCGGUGGGUUCCUCAGGUCAGAGUGCUGGCGCACGGCGCCGUCGGCGCGUUCCUGACGCACUGCGGGUGGGGUUCCAUCGUCGAGGGGCUCCAGUUCGGGCACCCGCUGAUCAUGCUGCCCAUCUUCGGCGACCAAGGCCCCAACGCGCGGCUCAUGGAGGGGUGGAAGGUCGGGUUGCAGGCAGCGAGGAACGAGACGGACGGAUCUUUCGACCGGCACGGCGUUGCCGGAGCAGUUCGGGCCGUCGCGGCGGAGGAGGAGGGGAAGGUGUUGGCGACCAACGCUAGGAAGCUGCAGCACAUCGUGGCGGACAGAGCGUGCCAAGAGAGGUGCAUCGACGUGUUUAUUCAGCAUUUGAGAUCCUGCAAGGGAUGA